AUGUCCUUCCUAACACGCAACCUCUUUACAACCACAUCAACCAGAACCACUCAGAGACAUCUCUUCACGACCCUUUCACGACCACUCUCGCUCGUCCGCGCAUCAUCAUUAAAAGCAUCAUCGUCACCUUGCGUUCAAAGGUGUUCUCGUCUGCAUACCGGUCCAGUCUCAUUACUAGCUGCUAAAAAGAAGAAGAUGCCUCCCAAGUCAAAGAAGGGCGAGCCCGAGAAGAAGGUCCUCCUUGGACGACCGGGUAACAACUUGAAGACCGGUAUCGUCGGUGUACCCAACGUCGGAAAGUCGAGUUUCUUCAACCUGUUGUCCAAGACCUCGCUCUCGAACGCUGCCAACUUCCCUUAUGCCACCAUCGACCCCGAGGAAGCCCGUAUCCUCGUCCCUGACCCACGACACGACUGGCUCUGCGAGACCUACAAGCCGGCCUCGCGUAUCGCCGCUUACCUCACCUGUAUCGAUAUCGCUGGUCUUACCGCCGGAGCCUCGACCGGAGCCGGGUUGGGUAACGCCUUCUUGUCCCACGUCCGUGCCGUCGAUGGUAUCUUCCAAAUGGUCCGAGCGUUCGACGACGCCGAUGUCAUUCACGUCGAGGGUGAUGUCGACCCAACGAGGGACAUGACCAUCAUCCAGACCGAGCUCAGGUUGAAGGAUAUCGAGUGGACGGAAAAGACGAUCGAGGCGUUGAAGCGUGGGAUGCGAGGCAGCGGGGCCAACAGUCUGGCGGAAAAGGCAAAGAAGGAAGAGUUGGCGACCGUCGAAAAGGUGCUCGCCACGAUGAAGGACGAGAACAAGGACGUCAGGAAGGGUGUCUGGAGCAGCAAGGAGGUCGAGGUCAUCAACGGUCUCCAGCUCCUCACGGCCAAGCCCGUCAUCUACCUCGUCAACUUGUCCGAGCGAGACUACAUCCGAAAGAAGAACAAGUGGUUGCCCAAGAUCAAGGCUUGGAUCGACGAGAACAACCCGGGUGAUCUCUUGAUCCCCUUCUCGGUCUCUUUCGAACAGAGGCUCGAGGACAUGGGCGAGGAGGAAGCUAGGGAGGAGGAGAAGAAGGUCGGAGCCACCAGCGCGUUGGGCAAGAUCACCACGGCCGGGUAUGCUAGUUUGAACUUGAUCAGGUUCUUCACCUGUGGACCCGACGAGGUUCGAGCAUGGACCAUCCGGGAGGGGACAAAGGCGCCUCAGGCUGCCGGAGUCAUCCAUUCCGACAUCGAAAAGAACUUUAUCUGCGCAGAAGUUCAGGCUUACGAGGAUCUGAAAGAGUACGGGACCGAAGCCGCCGUCAAGGCCGCCGGUAAACUCAGGCAACAGGGAAGGACUUACGAAGUCCAGGAUGCCGACAUUUGUUUCUUCAAGCACAACGGUUAG